AUGGUCACGAGGGGGAAAGGAGAAUGGGUGGGGCUACGACGAGGCAACGAUGUGUGUGAUCUUGAACCCACCUCUCCUUUCUUCUCCGUUAGUGGGAAUCUCAUUCGAGACAUUGGUGAUGGCCGUAGUGAAGGGAGGGGGAAGCAAGGUGAAGACACUCGCACCAACUUCACCGAUCAUCUUUAUUCUGCUCUUCAAUUGAAAAGCAUUCACACUUAUAAGGACGAUGAGAGAAUUAAGAAAGGGAAAAGGAUCAAUGAUGAGCUCAUCAGAUCCAUUGAAGACUCAAGAUUCUACAUUAUUGUUUUCUUAAAGAACUAUGCAUCUUCGUCUUGGUGUUUGGAUGAGCUUGUGAAGAUAAUAGAGUGUCACAAGCAGAGCGGACAUAUUUCUUACCCUGUCUUCUAUAAUGUGGUACCCUCUGAAGUCCGCAAUCGAAGUGGGGCAAUUGGAGAAGCGUUUUCCAAACAUGAAAAGGAAGAGGCUGCUGGAAAAUGGAGAGAAGCUAUGAAAGAAGCAGCCGAUCUAGCCGGGUGGGAACUGAAGAAAACUGAUGAUGGGUAA